AACACAAUCGUCUAUUCAAUGGCAAGUAUAAAGGCAGGGCCGAGAGAUCGCGUCGCCAGCAUUCCAUUUCAGUCGCCCGUAUCAUUCCCCUCUGCUGAGACGUCGAGCAAUCAUCAGCAUGUCCGCCUUGAUCAACGCGGGAGAUGUAUACAGUCUCAAACAAAUGCAACUCAUUGCGGAGGCCCGUGCGGCGGAAGGCGUCCACGUCGUGUUUCAGAACGGAUUCCAGCGCAUAACAACGGACGAGGGUAGGGAAAUCGUUUUCCCAAACGGUCUCACGCCUGGAGUGAAGACCGUGCAUGUUUUCCGUUUCGGCGAUCCUGGCGGUCAAUCCCACCACGUAUUUCACAUGAUGAGUAAGGACAGAAAGAUAUAUCUGGAGUACGCGGUGACGUCGUAUGAUAAUGAGUUGUGUACAUACAAGACGGUGAAUGGUGUUUCAAGCUCUGCAAAUUACGGUUCCGUGUACAACAAUGUGAUCCCAGGGUUCCACGUGCUUCAAUCCGAUAUUGACAACACAGGUAAAAUCAUGGUACAAUGUAACGGCACCGACAUCUGGAGCACUAGGCAGACUGUUCAAGGUUUCACCCUCGACUUGUUCAAGCAACUUGUCCUUCAUGAAUUUAGGACGCGACCUAGAGCAGACCGUGUUACUGACUGCGCACUCAUGGAAAUACACGUGAUCAAAACUGCACAGUCUAGCCCAUCGGUAUUUAACGACGCAGAGGACUUCCUAACGCCUACCAUACAAUUGAGUCCGGGAGCCUACAUAACCUGGAUGGGCUCCGUCGACACCGACAACGCCGUCGUCAUCAAGGAUGACACCACGGAGCUGUUCAAGCACACAGGGAAGGCCCCCAAACUGUCCAUCAUGAUGAAGGUUAUGAGGGACAGCAUCAUCAUAGGCGAGGACGGCAAGCCUGCUAAGGAGGUUGCAGUGGACAGAUACAAGGUCACGGAUACAGAGAUGAACAGAUCCAAAAUCUGCGUCAGCAAGGAAUUCAAGCUCACCAACUGCUUCGUGCAGUCUGGGGUCCUCUCCGUUAAAUGGCCGUAGCAUCAGCUCAUCUUCGCCUUCGGCAACAACGCUGGACGCACACCCGACUAACGACCCUGGGUUUGGACGAAACUUCACCGAACAGAGCAACGUGUUUAUUCAGGAAUACACGCCCACUUGCACGAGUGCUUCUGCAGCUUGGCCUCACUUGUUUUUCACUAUAUAUUUUUGUAUUUGGUAGUGGCGCUGCGAAUCGGCCGUGGCUAAGACCGCCGUACAGAUGGAAACAACACAGUAGGAAGGAGUGGGGGUUGGUAUAUGCAUCCUGGGUGAACUUCAUGGGGAACAGUGUCGACAUUCGUCGGUCGCAAAACCCAGGGGAACGCCAGCCGGCGCAGGCGGAGGUAGGACCCGAACCUGCUACCUUCAGGACCACCUUGGCUACCACGAACCAACAAAUGAUCUUACCCAAUCGGAUAUGUCGCUCGUCCCAUUGAAGUUUGUGUAGUAAUAAAAGACCUUUAGCACA